CGUGCGCGGUCUCAAAACGGAUUCCUAGCUAGGCGGUGAUCGGAUGGAGAAGAUAGCCGAAUGCAGAGUUUGACUCGGUGAAGGUGCAUGACUCCGGAAUAAAGUCCACCUCAAAUGCGAUAUCUUGUUUGUUUUGUGUUAUCAGUGAUCACACAUCAAUCUUGAAAUCUACUUCGAUCGAGCCUUCUCUUCGUGGUAAACAAAAAGAAAGACAUAAUAUCAGGUGAAAUCGCUACAACAAGCAGAAUCACAGAAGUGGAAACUAAUCGCAGCUUCGGCGUCGACCAUUGCCGUUGUUACGAGCCCUGUUUUAAGUGUCGUUCUUUGAAGAUCUUCAAGCCUUUUUUUCCGGAAUAUGAAUUAUCAUUUUACAGGAUUUUGUUCGGUAACAUAAUAAUUCGUGGAGAAGUUGAGAUAGCAUCGAGAUCCUUAUUUUGAUUUGUAAAAAUCAGUGUGUCCGUUUUCUGGUGUGAGUCUCUUCAAUGCAACUUUAUCUAGGGGUUAUCAUUGUUUGAACUGACAUUUCAACGUCGACCCUUCUUAAGGUUUGAAAACGAGAGAUCUGAUCAGCCGCCGAAGAAUAUACUAAGUUGCUCAUGAUCUCUUGUGCUUGAAGUACUUUCAACGAUAAGACAAUAUUAGUUUAAUUUACUAGACACCCACCGUGCACAACCUUCACUAUGAGGUCAUCGGUUUCCUGUUGGUUCGCUCUCAUUUCGCUUCUCGGCUCUCUGAGAUCAUCGACGGCCGUGGUUGGAGGCGUGGUCGACUUCGAGUAUCAUGACUACUCCAGUCUAUCAUUAUCGUUACAAAGGUUAAGAGCGGCACACCCCUCUCUUACGCAUCUAUACACCAUUGGCCAAUCCGUGAAGGCACGAGAAUUAUGGGUACUUGCCAUAGCCGGGUCUGACGCUAAUAAACACGUGACUGGAAGACCUGAAGCGAAGUAUGUUGGCAACAUGCAUGGCGAUGAGGUAAUCGGGCGAGAAAUGUUGCUUCAUUUCGCCGACUGGCUUCUAAUGGAAUACAAGAGUGGAGAAAACAUAGAGGUAGCAAGGUUUCUAGACUCAACCAGGCUUCAUAUUCUAGUUUCAAUGAACCCUGAUGGUUUUGAAGAUGCGAGAGAAAAUGAUAAUUGCAGAAGUUUUUCAGGAAGGACAAACGAUCUCGGCUUCGAUCUGAAUCGGAACUUUCCGGAUUACUUCGAGAAGAACAUAUAUGAGAUUCAAGUUGAAACACAAGCCAUCAUCGACUGGGUCGCUGGUUUACAAUUUGUACUAUCAGCCAACCUUCAUGGGGGCGCACUAGUUGCAAACUACCCUUACGAUAAUAUUGACCCGGAAAUCAAGAAAGACAAUACAUCGAUAUACAGCCCCAGUCCUGAUGAUGAUAUUUACCGUUACCUAGCUACCGUGUAUUCGUACAACCAUCGGAAGAUGCACAUUCUAAAUGAAACCAAAUGUAACGGAGGAUUUGCUGGAUUCGAAGAUGGCAUCACGAAUGGAGCUGAGUGGUAUAUCGCAGUUGGCGGGAUGCAGGACUAUAAUUACAUGUUUGCUGGGUGUAUGGAAAUCACGUUAGAGAUCAGCUGCUGCAAGUAUCCCCUUGCUGCUGAGCUACCAGAAUACUGGGAAGACAAUCGCCUUGCUCUCAUGGAAUACAUCAAACAGGUCCAUAGAGGUGUAAAAGGAAUUGUUCGGAAUGAGGAAGGGAUUCCUUUGGAGGGUGCUGAAGUAAUGAUAGUUGGUCGAGAUAUACCCCACUAUACCACAAACGAGGGAGAGUUCUGGAGGAUACUACUCCCCGGUUCAUACGAAUUACAAGUUAGCAUGGAAGGCUACAUCACAUGGACGAGUUCAUUUCGAGUUGAUAACUACAUCUAUAACGUUAAAGAGCUGGAUGUCAACAUGGAAAGGGUAGAUGACGGCUCGGGAACGGCCCCGCCCAAGAUGCAGGCAUCCCUUGUCGCCGUGGUGAUGGCUUCGCUUCUCGGCUUAUUAUGGCACCUUUGACACCAUUAGGCAUUUGGUCGGGACGAUAUUCACUCUCUGAUGAAUGACUGUGACGACAAAUUAGUUUUCAGCUGCAAAUUAUCACCUUAAAAUGAUUGUCAUUAAGCGC